UGCGAUACAGAGUAUAGACGGCCAUUGGUUUACAUCAGUCUCCCCCGUCUGCUUCCUCGACUUAUUAGGCCUGUCUGGUCUUGCUUCCCAUCUAUGGCUGUUCCCUUUUCAUAUUCGAGAACAAUCCAAAACUAGUUUUUGUCCCAGCUUUCUUCAUACCCAGCCGCCUCUCUUCAGGUGAUGAAGGAUUUUCUUUAAUCCUCAGGAGACGGCAAAAACCUGAGCUUACAUGCGUAGAGGACUUGGGAACUAAUUGAAGGUACAUGUAUAGUGCGCACUUUUGAAGACUUGAAACUCGUUUGGAUUUUCGUUUUGCAUCGGAGUUUUAAUUUAUCCUAUUGGAAUUAUAUUGGAUAUUGAAGUCUCGCAUUGAUUGGGUGCGAUUGAACUUGCCUUGUUGAAUCUGUUUGAAGUUAUUGGUUGCUGUUGAACUUCUAACUCCCUGAAUUCCUCUCACCUGUCGACUUGGUGAACUGAGUAUUAUGAAGAUAGUCCAGUGAUUUGAGCACUUGAACCCUUGAACUCAAAAUAUUAGAGUGCAGGCUGCAUUUCCACCUCUCUUCCUAUCUGGUUUAAGUCUUGGGGCACAAGGGUUUCUAUAUAUGCAUCUCCCUUUCAGUCCUUGAUUCUGGUGACUAACAGAGAGAAGACAUAUUUGAUUAUCAUUUAGCUCUUGAACUUGGAGGUUGAGUGCAUUAUUCGUUCAGAAUGGAUCUAAUUGUUUUAAGUCUGUUGUUAUUGAUGCAAUUACCAAGAAUAUAUGCCUCAGAAAUUUUCCAUUCAAAGGUUUGUGGCGCUGAUCACAUUGACUAUUCAUAUUCAAAUGCUUGUGAACUGUUUUACAUAAAUGGGAAUGCAGUCGACAAAGUUUUUUUCUGCAAGGCCCUCCAAUCUUAUCGUGCAGAUGGUUGCAUAUUCGACGGAUACCUUGGAAGUAAUCGAUGUGAUUCAGAUCCUGCACUAGCUGAUUUGGAAUUUAAGAUAGGAAGAAAACUUUCACAAAAGGAGGAAGGACAGGAAAACCGCUACCAAAACAAUCAUCCCAAUGGUCACAAACGGUUAACCCCAAAAAUAGCUGGCAUGGCAACAACUGGAGUUUUGGUUCUGUGUUGUGUUUCCCUCUGUGCUUGCUUUCAAAGGAAAAGGAAAGCAACAUCCCACACUGUUCUUUCUAAGGAGCCACAUUCAAUGGAUUCAGUUUCUUCUUCUGAUGUGAUUUGUACUUCUGAAAAGAUUCCAGCCAGUCCACGUCGAGUACCAGUAUCACCUAGCCCUUCCAAAUUCUCAUUGUCACCAAAACUUACUAGACUUGGAUCAUUACAUCUCACUCUGAGCCAGGUUACCAAAGCAACAGGCAAUUUCUCACCCUCAUUACAAAUUGGUGAAGGAGGAUUUGGAACUGUGUACAGAGCCCAGCUAGAAGACGGCCAAGUGGUUGCCAUAAAGCGGGCAAAGAAGGAAGUCUUUGAGAGUCUGCGUACAGAAUUCAGUAGUGAAGUUGACCUUCUGGCCAAAAUUGAUCACCGGAGUCUAGUCAAAUUGCUAGGUUAUAUUGACAGAGGAAAUGAACGCCUAAUCAUCACAGAGUAUGUGCCAAACGGUACUCUAAGAGAACAUUUGGAUGGUCAGCGUGGAAAAAUUCUGGAUUUCAAUCAGCGAAUUGAAAUUGCCAUCGACGUUGCUCAUGGCCUAACUUAUCUCCAUCAAUAUGCAGAGAAGCAAAUUAUCCAUCGGGAUGUCAAGUCAUCCAACAUUCUUCUGACAGAGAGCAUGAGGGCUAAAGUGGCUGAUUUCGGAUUUGCAAGGCUUGGUCCACUGGAAUCUGAUCAAACACACAUUUCUACUAAAGUGAAAGGGACAGUUGGCUACCUGGAUCCUGAGUACAUGAGGACCUAUCAACUCACUACCAAGAGUGAUGUUUACUCAUUUGGGAUUUUACUUAUAGAGAUUCUGACAGGUCACCGUCCUGUGGAUAUGAAGAGAGCCCCUGAAGAGCGGGUGACACUUAGAUGGGCCUUUAACAAGUACAAUGAAGGAAAUGUGGUGGAAUUGGUGGAUCCUUUGAUGGAGGAAGUCGUCGAUUCAGAGGUUCUUAUGAAAAUGUUUUCUUUGGCUUUCCACUGUGCAGCACCGAUUCGAGACGAUCGCCCAGACAUGAAAUCAGUGGGAGAACAGUUGUGGGCAAUAAGGGCAGACUAUCUUAAGAGUGCAAGGAGAGGGCAUUGACUGCAAUUUGGGAGUUGUCAUUUGUAAAUCAAUUGUGUUUUCUUCAGCGCUCACACGGCGAAGCAGAUUUUUCCCUU